AUGCGGAGUGAAAUGCGGUCCGCUGCUCAUCUGUACGGCCGUCAGGGAGAAAAUCAAGGGAGAAGGAAGGGUUCAGACAGUGUGGGAGGUUCAGGAGUGCACGGAGGUGACUAUAGCGAGGUUUUUCCUGUACCAGCUUCGCUACAUGAGGCGGAAGAUUUGCUUCAGCAGCUAAUAAAGGAGACUCGUUCCCUCGCCUCUCCCUCGGGUGUCAAUCUGGUGGCAUUCUCAGGGGGGGUCAUCUCAGUAGCACAAGCAGCAGCUUUAAGCCUGAAGGCUCCCCCUGUCCUUACCCACCUGGGACCUGCCAGCACUGCUCUGCCUGGCUCUGGCGAGAGCAGCGGGUUGACCCAACUGGGACCUAGCUGCAUCGCCCUGCCUGCGCAGCAGACUGGCGUUUGGAGUGGAGGCGACAGCAAGCACUCCCUGGCUUCUCUCCCCUCUCUGUCCUCCCCUCCUCUCCCCCAGGCAGUAGCCAGAGCAGCGGGCUUACCCAACUGGGACCUGGCAGCGUCGCCCUGCCUGCGCAGCAGAUUAGCGUUUGGAGUGGAGGCGACAGCAAGCACACUGAUGCUGGUGGAGAGAGCGGAAUAUAUGGUGAGUGGUGGGGAGGGGGGGAGCAGCUCUUCAUGCAACGCAAGCAUGGCUCGUAACUCGUCACUCGCCUUACCUCCAAACCGCAGGUUUGCACAGUUGACCAGGCUGAGGACACUCAGCCUCUCUCGCUGUGAGCUCUUGGAGGCCUUGCCAGAUGAUUUGACCGAGCUGAAGCUGCUCCAACAGUUGGAUGUUCGCUGGUGCAAGAAAGCUAUUGAUCGCAUGCCCCGUGCAUUGCGCCGUGGCAUCCGGAACAUGCACGGGCUGACCUUAAUGUCCUCAGCAGCAGUGUAG